UUGACAGCGAAACGACGAACAGGGAAGGAUGAUGAAGCUAAAAUGGCAGCUCAACUGACGGUGCUGCCAAUUCGGGGCGAAGAAAUACACAAGGAACAAACUAGAACAAAAGGCGAUAUGAUACAUUUUCUUUGAUAUUCUUUGCUUUAAUCCCGAAUUAAAAGACUAUAUGGUUUGAGAUUCGGAAUUCCGGGAAAGAAAAAACGAUUCGACGCUCUGAAAUUAGAAGCAUAUUUCCCAGUUGCAUCGCGCGGGCUAAUUUUUUUUCUCCCGUUUUUGGAAGAUACACUGGGAUGUAACAAUUCUGUUGUUUUUGCAGUACAGGAUGGACAAAUGACGCGAAAUAUAGGCUUUUAAAAUGACCUUUGAGAUAUAAUUGAAAAGGAUCUAAUUGUUUUUUAAAUGUAAUAUAUGCAUUGUUCUCCAAAACGAUGAUGUGUGCUGCUGCUGCUGCAGCCGGUGGAGGGAUUCUUCCAUCCACAUCGCCUUCGAUGAGGAUAGGCAUCAGGGUCAUUUCUGGAGUUGGUGACGAUUUCUCCUCCAUUGGGUCGGGUAUGGGUUCGUGUCAAACACCGGGAACCCAGUCGGAUUGCCGAAGUCGGUACCAGCUUCUACUCUCUGGGCGAGCUUUGGCGGAAAGAUACAGGAGGAUUUAUACCACGGCUAUCAAUGACAAAGAGCAAGGGAUAAACCAAGGAAGGGGAAAGAAAACGUUGAGCAAGAAGAAGCUGAAACGGCGCCAAAAGGUCAAGUCAAAAGUCAAAACAAGAACCAAGACGGAUAACCUCGAUGGGGCCUUCUGUGUGCCGGACAUCAAGCUGCACAGCAACCCAUCGGCGUUCAAUGUGUACUGCAACGUGCGCCACUGCGUGCUGGACUGGCAGCAGCGGGAGUCGUCCCUGGCCUCACAAAGCUCCGUGCAGAGCGGUGACUCUGACAGCGAGGAGGAGGAGGAGUACCGUGAGCCCGCCAUCAAGCUGCCCAAGAUCAUUGGCAUCGGUCUGUGUGGGGUGUUUGAGCUCAUCAAGGAGACGCGGUUCUCCCACCCUUCCCUGUGUCUGCGCAGCCUACAGGCCCUGCUGCAUAUGCUGCAGGGACAACAACCAGAGGGCUUCCAGACGGAACCUCCUGAUGUACUGGAGUCUCUGUUCCAACUGCUGCUGGAGACAACAGUGCGCAGCACGGGGAUGAACGACCCUACUGGGCAGGCCCUCACCGCCCUGUCCUGUGCCUGCCUCUUCAGCCUGGUGGUGUCCUGGGGAGACACGGGCAAGACCCUGCAGGCCGUCUCCGCCAUCCUCACCAACAACGGCAGUCAUGCCUGCCAGACUAUCCAGGUGCCGACCAUUCUGAAUGCGCUACAGAGGAGCGUGCAGGCUGUGCUGGUGGGCAAGAUCCAGAUCCAGGACUGGUUCGGCAACGGCAUCAAGCGGGUGGCGCUGAUGAACAAGUGGGUGUUGAAGGAGGUGACGAUCGACGAGGAUGAGCGCUGCCUGCUGCAGACCGAUGGCUCCUUCCUCUACCUGCUCUGCAAGGACGGCCUCUACAAAGUGGGCUCCGGCUACAGCGGCACUGUCAGGGGCCAUGUGUAUAAUUCCACAUCACGCAUCAGGAAUCGGAAGGAGAAGAGAUCGUGGUUGGGUUUUGCUCAGGGCUGCCUGUUGUACCGGGAUAUGAGUAACAACCACAGUACGUCGGCCAUCAAGAUCAACCCAGAGACUCUGGAGCAUGAGGGAACCAUCACCAUGCCAGGCCUACAGGCAGACGGCCAGAACAUAGUCUUCACUGACGGAGAGUACAUCAACCAGAUUGCUGCCUGCAAAGAUGAUGGGUUUGUGGUGAGGAUAUACGCGACCAGUACGGACCCGGCACUGCAGCAGGAGCUCCAGUUGAAACUGGCCAGGAAGUGUCUCCAUGCCUGCGGCAUCUCUCUAUUUGACCUGGAGAAAGACCUACACAUCAUUAGUACGGGGUUUGACGAGGAGGCAGCAUUGCUGGGAGCAGGCAGGGAAUUUGCUCUGAUGAAAACAGCCUCAGGAAAGGUCUACUACACAGGGAAGUACCAGAGCCUGGGCAUCAAGCAGGGUGGUCCGUUGGCAGGUAAAUGGGUGGAACUGCCCAUCACCAAGUCACCUAAGAUCGUCCAGUUCUCCGUGGGCCACGACGGCUCACACGCCCUGCUGGUGGCAGAGGAUGGCAGCGUGUUCUUUACUGGCUCCGCGAGCAAGGGAGAAGAUGGAGAGUCAACCAAGAGCCGGCGCCAGCCGAAGCCCUACAAGCCCAAGAAGAUGAUGAAGCUGGAGACCAAGACGGCGGUGAACACGGCUUGCAACAACGGCAGCAGCAGCAUCGUCACCAAGGAUGGAGAGCUAUACAUGUUCGGCAAGGACGCUAUUUACAGCGACAGCACCUGCCAGGUGUCAGACCUGAAGGGUCACAUUGUAACCCAGGUAGCCAUGGGGAAGGCCCACACCUGUGUCUUGACUAAGAGUGGAGAGGUCUGGACGUUUGGGGUCAACAACAAGGGCCAGUGUGGCCGAGAAACAGGGGCCAUGAACCAGGCGGGGAAAGCAUUUGGCGUGGAAAGCAUGGCGACGGCCAUGGAUGAGGACCUGGAGGAUGAGCUGGAGGAGAAGGAGGAGAAGAGCAUGAUGUGCCAGCCGGGCAUGCACAAGUGGAAGCUGGAUCAGUGCAUGGUGUGCACCGUGUGUGGAGACUGCACCGGCUAUGGAGCCAGCUGUGUCAGCAGCGGACGGCCCGACAGAGUACCCGGAGGUAUCUGUGGCUGUGGUUCUGGGGAGUCUGGCUGCUCAGCGUGUGGCUGCUGCAAAGCCUGCGCCAGGGAGCUUGAUGGACAGGAGGUCAGACAGAGGGGCAUCUUUGACGCUGUCAAGGAGAUGAUACCACUAGAUCUACUACUAGCUGUGCCUGUCCCCCCCCCCCCAGGAGUCAACAUCGAAGAGCACAUCCAGAUCCGGCAGGAGGAGAAACGUCAGCGGAUCAACCGCCGACACCGGCUGGAAGAGGGACGAGGCCCCAUUGUUUUCCCUGGCCCCAUAUUAAUGAACCAGCGUGAGCAGGCCCUAGUCAGACUCAGACCCCUAAGGCAUAAGCGGGACAAGCACACAGACGGGAACAGUGAGCGAGGGGAAAAGGACGCCAGUAAGAUCACCACUUAUCCCCCGGGGGCGGUGCGCUUCGACUGUGAGAUGAGAGCUGUGCAGGUUAGCUGCGGCUUCCACCAUUCAGUGGUGCUGAUGGAGAAUGGGGAUGUCUAUACCUUUGGCUACGGUCAGCAUGGCCAGCUUGGACACGGAGAUGUCAACUCAAGGGGUUCUCCCACGCUGGUGCAGGCCCUCCCAGGUCCGAGUGUCCAGGUGACAGCUGGUAGUAACCACACAGCUGUGCUCCUCAUGGACGGACAAGUCUUCACCUUCGGCAGCUUCUCGAAAGGGCAGCUGGGUCGGCCAAUCCUGGAUAUGCCCUACUGGAACGCCAAGCCUUCCCCCAUGCCCAACAUUGGCGCCAAGUAUGGCCGCAAGGCCACCUGGAUCGGGGCCAGUGGGGACCAGACCUUCCUGAGGAUCGACGAGGCCCUAAUCAACUCGCACGUCCUUGCUACCUCCGAGAUCUUUGCUAGCAAACACAUCAUUGGCUUAGUCCCCACCUCAGUGUCGGAGCCCCCUCCCUUUAAAUGCCUGCUGAUCAACAAGCUGGAUGGCAGCUGUCGCACCUUCAAUGACUCAGAGCAGGAGGACCUGCAGGGCUUCGGCCUCUGUCUUGACCCAGUCUACGACGUCAUCUGGAGAUUUCUGCCGGCAUCGAGGGAGAUGUGGUGCUACAACGCCGUGAUUGCCGAUGCCCGUGUGCCCUCGGCCACGGACCUCCAGGCCAGCUGCAGCAUCCUCAGCCCUGAGCUGGCGCUGCCCGCCGGCUCCCACACCACCACCACCCGCUCCCAUGGAGCCCUGCACAUACUGGGUUGCCUGGAUACGCUGGCGACCAUGCAGGAGCUGAAGAUGGGUGUGACCAGCACAGAAGAGGAGACUCAGGCCGUUAUGAAGGUCUACUCCAAAGAAGACUACAGCGUGGUCAACCGCUUUGAGAGUCACGGGGGUGGCUGGGGUUACUCGGCCCACUCGGUGGAGGCCAUCCGCUUCUGUGCUGAUGCGGACAUCCUGCUGGGGGGGCUGGGCCUGUUCGGGGGCCGUGGGGAGUACACCGCUAAGAUCAAGUUGUUUGAGCUGGGGCCUGAUGGUGGAGACCAUGAGACAGAUGGGGACCUCAUGGCUGAGACUGACGUCCUGGCCUACGACUGUGCUGCCAGGGAGAAGUACGCCAUGAUGUUUGACGAGCCGGUGCUGCUGCAGCUUGGCUGGUGGUAUGUGGCCUGGGCCCGGGUGUCUGGGCCCAGCUCAGACUGUGGCUCUCACGGACAGGCCACCAUCACCACAGAUGACAGUGUGGUCUUUCAGUUCAAGAGUUCCAAGAAGUCAAACAACGGUACCGACGUGAAUGCAGGUCAAAUACCUCAGCUAUUGUACAGACUUCCGUCGAACGAUGGCAACGCAGCCAAAGGGAAACAGCAGACCAGUGAGCCGGUUCACAUCCUCAAACGCUCCUUCGCCCGAACCGUCUCGGUGGAGUGUUUUGAGUCCCUGCUGAGGAUCCUCCACUGGAGCUGGACCACCCUGGUGCUGGGGGUGGAGGAGCUGAGAGGCCUGAAAGGCUUCCAGUACACGGCUACCCUGCUGGACCUUGAGCGUCUGCGCUUCGUAGGGACCUGCUGCCUUCGCCUGCUCCGUGUCUAUAUCUGUGAGAUCUUCCCCAUCUCUGCCAGCACCAAGGCGGUGGUGGAGGAGUCCAGCAAGCUGGCGGAGUGUGUGGGCAAGACCCGUAGUUUGCUCAAGAAGAUCCUGUCAGAGGGCAUGGACAACUGCCUGACCAAGCUGGACAACGACCCCCAGGGCUACCUCUCCCAGCCCCUCACCCUGCUGGAGGCCGUGCUGCAAGAGUGCCACAACACCUUCACCGCCUGCUUCCACUCCUUCUACCCCACGCCUGCGCUGCAGUGGGCCUGCCUCUGCGACUUGCUCAACUGCCUUGACCAGGACAUUGCAGAGGCCAAUUUCCGCACAUCGAGCAGCCGACUGUUAGCGGCGGUGAUGUCUGCGCUGUGCAACACAUCAGUCAAGCUGACGUCCAUCUUGCCCAUUGCGUACGACGGCGAAGUGCUGCUGCGCUCGCUGGUCAAACAGGUCAGCACGGAGAACGACUCGGCGCUCGCCCAUCGCUUCCCCCUGCUGGUUGCACACAUGGAGAAACUCAGCCACACGGAGGAGAACCUGAUGGGGAUGACAAGUUUCAGGGAGGUUCUCGAGAAGAUGCUGGUGAUUGUAGUGCUGCCAGUGAGGAAGAGCCUGAGAAAGGAGGUGGAGCUCUUCUCCCCCCACCUGGUCUCCAACACCUGUGGCCUGCUGGCCAGCAUAGUCUCUGAGCUCACAGCCUCUGCACUGGGCUCCGAGGUGGACGGUCUAAACUCGCUUCACUCUGUGAAGUCCACUCCCAAUCGCUUCACCAAGAUGAGCCAGGGCCGCAGCUGGAACACGGGUAACGGCUCUCCAGAUGCCAUCUGUCUGACGGUGGACAAGCCCGGCGUGGUGCUGGUGGGCUUCUGUGUCUAUGGUGGCGGGGGCAUCCAUGAGUAUGAGUUGGAGGUGCUCGCUGAUGACGCCCAGACAGAGCACCCCGGGGACUCGGCCCACACCCAUAGGUGGACGUCUCUGGAGCUGGUCAAGGGAACCUACAGCACCGAUGACUCCCCCAGCGACAUUGCCGAGAUACGCCUCGACAAGGCCGUGCCACUCAAGGAGGGUGUGAAAUACGCUGUCCGCCUGCGUAACUAUGGUAGCCGAACAGCCAAUGGGGACGGAGGGAUGACCACGGUUCAGUGUUCUGACGGCAUGGCCUUCACCUUCAGCACCUGUAGCCUGAGCAGCAACGGGACCAACCAGACCAGAGGACAGAUACCACAGAUACUGUACUACAGGAGUGAGUAUGACGGGGAUCUGCAGUCCCAGCUGCUGAGCAAAGCCAAUGAAGAGGACAAGAACUGCAGCAGGGCUCUCUCAGUGGUCAGUGCAGUGGUCAGAGCUGCCAAAGAUCUACUUCACAGGGCGUUCGCUGUGGAUGCGGAGGACAUCCCUGAGCUGCUGAGCUCUUCCAGUCUGUUCUCUAUGCUGCUCCCCCUCAUCCUGGCCUACAUCGGCCCUGUGGCUACCUCAGUACCCAAGGCCGCAGUGGAAGUCUUUGGUCUGGUCCAGGAGUUACUUCCUGCUGCCUCCGCUCUGAACCAGAAAUAUGCCCCACCGGCUUUCAACCCCAACCAAUCAACAGACAGCACUACGGGCAACCAGCCGGAGCAGGGCCUAUCAGCUUGCACCACCUCCAGUCACUAUGCUGUGAUAGAGAGUGACCACCCUUACAAGCAGGCCGGAGUCGCACAGUAUAAGGUGUCGUUCCCGGACUGCGUGCGGUGGACCACCAUCGAGUUUGACCCCCAGUGUGGCACGGCCCAGCCCGAGGAUGUCCUCCGCCUGCUCAUCCCGAGCCGCUCAAUCCACCUGUCCAGCCUCGGCACCAAGCCCCUGGCCCAUGACACCAUCAACACCUGGGUGGAGCUCAAGAAGAUCUCCGGCUCCAAUGGCUGGCCCACCACCGUUCUAGUGCUGCCAGGAAACGAGGCCCUGUUCUCCUUGGAGACGGCCUCUGACUACGUAAAAGACGAGAAGGCCUGUUUCUACGGCUUCAAAUGUGUUGCAGUGGGAUACGAAUUCAACCCUGGACCAGAUGAGGGUAUUAUCCAGCUGGAGAAGGAGUUGGCAUACUUGGGCAGUGUGUGUGCUGCUGCUCUUAUGAAGAAGGAUCUGGCUCUGCCUAUAGGGAACGAACUUGAAGAGGACCUUGAGAUUCUUGAAGAGGCCUCUCUCCAGGUGUGUAAGGCCCACUCAGGUAUCCUGGGCAAGGGGCUGGUCCUGUCCCACUCCCCCACCAUCCUAGAGGCUCUGGAGGGCAACCUGCCCCUGCACCUGCAGACCAACGAGCACUCCUUCCUGGAGGACUUCAUUACCUGUGUGCAGAACUCCAGCGGAGGACGCCUGGCCAGGUGGCUGCAGCCAGACUCGUACGCAGACCCCCAGAAGACGUCUCUGAUUCUGAACAAGGAUGACAUCCGCUGCAGCUGGCCCACCACAGUGGCCGUCCAGACCAAAGACCAGUACGGAGACAUAGUGCAUGUGCCAAACAUGAAGGUGGAGGUGAAGGCGGUGCCCGUCUCCCAGAAGAAGUCCAUGCAGCAGGAGUGCAUGAGGAAGCUGCAGCGUCUCCCAGGCAGCACCAACCCCUCCUUCUCGGGCACCGCUGACCUUACGUUCGGGGGCCUGCCCAUGCCGAAGCUGGAGGCCACCUAUGAGCCCAUGAUCGUCAAGGAAGCGCGCUACAUUGCCAUCACAAUGAUGAAGGCCUAUGAGAAUUACUCAUUUGAGGAGCUUCGCUUUGCUUCACCCACUCCAAAGAGGCCCAGUGAGAACAUGUUGAUCCGGGCUAACACAGACGGGACGUACAGUGCCAACUGGACCCCCGGGGCUGUGGGCCUCUACACAAUCCACGUCACCAUUGACGGCAUUGAGAUCGAUGCUGGUCUGGAGGUGGAGGUGAAAGACCCUCCUAAAGGCAUGAUCCCACCUGGCACACAGAUGGUCAAACCCAAGGCCGAGCCCCAACCUAGCAAGGUCCGCAAAUUUGUGUCCAAGGACAGCGCAGGCCUCCGUGUGCGUAGUCACCCUUCCCUGCAGAGCGAACAGAUAGGCAUAGUGCAAGUCAAUGGCACCAUCACUUUCAUUGAUGAGAUCCACAAUGAUGAUGGUGUUUGGCUCAGGCUGAAUGAUGAGACAGUAAAGAAGUAUGUGCCCAACAUGAAUGGGUACACUGAAGCCUGGUGCCUCUCUUUUAACCAGCAUGUGGGCAGGAGCCUGCUGGUCCCAGCCAACGAGGCAGGAGGCCAAUCGGAGCAGAGUGUUAAGGAGGUGAGCUCCAGCGGCCGCCCCUCCCAAGAGGCCCCCUCCAUGCAGGAGCAGGACAGGGUGGGGCAGGGCGGCGGCCCUGGGCUUUAUAAGGUAGUGAAGACGGGUCCCUCGGGUCACAACAUCAGAAGCUGUCCAAACCUUAGGGGUAUCCCCAUUGGAAUGUUAGUACUUGGGAACACGGUCAAGGCAGUAGGCGAGGUGGUAAACACGGAGGGGACGUGGGUGCAGCUGGACAAAAACAGUGUGGUGGAGUUCUGCGAGAGCGACGAAGGAGAGGCCUGGUCUCUAGCCCGAGACCGUGGGGGAAACCAGUACCUACGCCAUGAGGAAGAACAAACCCUUCUGGAGCAUGAGGCCCAGACCCCACCACCUAGCCCCUUCUCUGUCCAGGCCUUCAACAGGGCUACUGCAGCCAAUGGGGCACAGGGCUUUGACUACGGUAUCUCAAACAACAAAGGUGACCAAAGGUUGACUGCCAUACUGAAUAGUGCCAUUCAGUCUGGGCCCUUCCUCCCUCCAGCUGCUCCUCCCUCCUCUUCCUCCGUAUUUGAGCAAGCCGCCCAACCUCCCUCCUCCUCCCUUGUCCACAGCCCAUUUGUGUUUGGACAAUGCCCCAGGUCCCAAGUGUCUCAGCUGCAGCCACAGCUUCCGAAUGGUUCUUCAUCACGCAGCCUUGCUUCUUCUCACGAGCGGGUGCACAAAAGCAGUGCGUCCGCGGCUGGGCAUGGUUCUGCACUCUCAUCUCUUGCUCUCAGGCAAAAGGGUAACUUAGGGGUGCGGCCCAUGUCCCCGGCCACCAAACAACGACUGGAAAGUCGCUCCCCAAAACAGGAGGGGCGUCGCGGUCGUGCCUCGGAACAGUCCAAAGGUAAAGAUCCGCCGGCCAGCGAGGCACUUAUCCUGCGGUCGGACACUGCCAAGUUGCGGUCGGACUCCCAUAGCCGCUCCCACUCGCCCAACCACAACACCCUGCAGGCACUGAAGGCCGACGGGCGCGAUCGUAACUCCUCCGGGCUGCUCGCCGAGUCGCCUAACCCUGGCUCCCGCUCCACCUCGCCCAAACAGAAGGGCCUUUCCUCCACCUCGGGGAGGUCUAGCCCCUCCAGCACCUCCUCACCCCGCUCCUCCACCCAGCACGACAAGAACUUUGCUCAGGACAAGAACCAACCAAUUGACAAGAAUAUGCCACAAGACAAGAACCAACCAAUUGACAAGAACAUGCCACAAGACAAGAACCAACCCAAUGACCAGAACCUCCCUCCCAAUGUCAGCCCCUCCAAGGCUCGGCUGGACCUGCCCAGAGAAAGGUCCAAGUCGGACUCGUACACCCUGGACCCGGACACCCUGAGGAAGAAGGUCCCUCUCACCUCAGAGCCUCUAAGGGGAAGGUCAACCUCGCCCAAACCCAAACUACCACCCAAGGACGGGAGCAGCAAAGGAGGAGAUAGGAAUGCGGAGAACCGCACCCCGUCACCCCAUGUGACCCAGGAGAACCUCCACAGCGAGGUGGUGGAGGUGUGUACGUCUAGUGCUCUUCUUUCCAAUGAUGAUGAGGGAAACAAUGAAAACGUGGAGGUGAGGAAUGCAGAGGAGGGCUCCUCAAAGGUGCACUUCAGCAUCGGCAAGGCACCCGUGAAGGAGGAGCUGGAGAGCAGCCGCUUGUCGCCCAAAGUCAGCCGCAAGACCUCCAGCAGACACGUGCGCCCCAAGAAGGAUAAGUCGGGCCCACUCUUCAAGGGUGAGAGCUCGUCGAGGGUUACCGAGCCCGCCAAGCAGGCCAUGUCACCCUCAGUUGCAGAGUGUGCCCGGGCGGUCUUCGCCGCGUUCCUCUGGCACGAGGGUAUCGUCCACGACGCCAUGGCCUGCUCCUCGUUCCUCAAGUUCAACCCAGAGCGGACCAAGGAGCAUGCGCCCAUCCGCAGCUCGCUGGGUGGCCAGGGCGGCCAAGAGGAGAAGGAAAGCAAGCUGAAGAACCGCCACUCACUGGAGAUAUCCUCGGCCCUCAAUAUGUUCAACAUCUCCCCGCAUGGGCCAGACAUCUCCAAGAUGGGCAGCAUCAACAAGAACAAGGUCCUGUCAAUGCUCAAAGAGCCUCCCCUGCCCGAAAAGUGUGAGGAUGGCAAGGGGGAGCACGUCUCCUUCGAGGUGGCCACUCACCCUACCAUGAGGGCUAAGUCCAUCCUGCCGCUCACCCUCCAGCACCUCGUUGCAUUCUGGGAGGACAUCUCAAUGGCAACCAUCAAGGCAGCCACCCAAAACAUGAUUUUCCCCAGCCCGGGCUCCAGCGCCAUCCUGAAGAAAAAGGAGAACGAGAAGGACACUAAGAAGUCCAAGAAGGAGAAAAAGAAAAGAGACAAGGUGGAGGUGCGCCCCAGGGGGAACCUGUUUGGGGAGAUGGCCCAGCUGGCCAUGGGGGGACCGGAGAAGGACACCAUUUGUGAGCUGUGUGGGGAGUCGCACCCCUACCCUGUCACCUACCACAUGAGGCAGGCCCACCCAGGUUGUGGUCGCUAUGCUGGAGGCCAGGGCUAUAACAGCAUUGGCCACUUCUGUGGGGGCUGGGCGGGAAACUGUGGAGACGGCGGGAUCGGAGGAAGCACCUGGUACCUGGUGUGUGACCGUUGCAGGGAGAAGUACCUACGAGAGAAGCAGACUGCAGCCAGGGAAAAGGUGAAGCAGUCGAGGAAGAAGCCCCUGCAGGUGAAGACGCCGCGGGCGCUUCCCACCAUGGAGGCCCACCAGGUGAUCCGUGCCAACGCCCUGUUCCUGCUGUCCUUAAGCAGUGCUGCUGAGCCCAGCCUGCUGUGCCACCACCCGCCUCGCCCGCUCCACUCCACACUGCCCAGCCUCAAGGAGGGUGUCUCGGACGAGAUUCCCAACAAGAUCGGCUGCCUCUACCUGCAGACGCUGGCCAGGCAACACACAGAGAACUUUGGUGGGUACACAGAUGACAACUUGUUCCAGGACGAGAUGAGGUACCUGCGCUCCACAUCUGUCCCUGCGCCCUACAUCUCAGUCACCCCUGACGCUUGCCCCAACGUGUUUGAGGAGCCCGAGAGCAACAUGAAAUCCAUGCCCCCCAGUCUAGAGACCAGCCCAAUCACAGACAGUGACUUGUCCAAGCGGACGGUGUUCCAGAGGUCCUACUCUGUGGUGGCCUCUGAGUACGACAAGCAGCAUUCGGCCUCCCCGGCCAGGGUCAAAGCCGUGCCCAGACGCAGAGUCCACAGUGGGGAUGCAGAAGUGGGUUCCUCUCUGUUGCGCCACCCGUCCCCGGAACUGUCCCGUCUAAUCUCGGCCCAUGGAUCCCUCAGUAAGGGCGAGAGGAACUUCCAGUGGCCUGUCCUGGCCUUCGUCAUCCAGCACCACGACCUGGAGGGUCUGGAGGUGGCCAUGAAGCAUGCCCUCCGCAAGUCUGCCUGCAGGGUCUUCGCCAUGGAGGCAUUCAACUGGCUUCUGUGUAACGUGAUCCAGACCACUUCGCUGCACGACAUCCUGUGGCACUUUGUCGCCUCCCUCACCCCGUCACCAUUUGAACCCGAGGAAGAGGAGGAGGAUGAAAAUAAAGCCCAUGGGAACAAGGAAAUUGUGAUUGAGCAGGAGAGGGACUUUGGAGUGUGUGAGCACCCGCUGUCUGACAUUGUGAUUGCAGGGGAGGCCGCCCACCCCCUCCCACACACCUUCCACCGCCUCCUCCAGACCAUCUCUGACCUCAUGAUGUCACUUCCUAGUGGCAGCUCCCUGCAGCAGAUGGCCCUCAGGUGUUGGAGUCUGAAGUUCAAACAGUCCGACCACCAGUUCCUGCACCAGAGCAACGUGUUCCACCACAUCAACAACAUCCUGUCCAAGUCGGACGAUGGCGACAGCGAGGAGAGCUUCAACAUCAGUGUGCAGUCUGGCUACGAGGCCAUGAGCCAGGAGCUGUGCCUAGUGACCAGUCUGAAGGACCUGACCAUCUUGGUGGACAUCAAGACGUCCAGCCGACCUGCCAUGAUUGGCAGCCUAACGGACGGCUCCACUGAGACCUUUUGGGAGUCGGGAGAUGAGGACAAAAACAAGACCAAGAGCAUCACCAUCAGCUGCGUCAAGGGCAUCAAUGCCUCCUACGUCACCGUGCACGUGGACAACUCCCGCGAUAUCGGGAACAAAGUCACCUCCGUGACGUUCCUGUGUGGCAAAGCCGUGGAGGACCUCUGCAGAAUCAAACAGAUCGACCUCGACUCGCGUCACAUGGGCUGGGUGACCAGCGAGGUUCCUGGGGGAGACCACCAUGUGAUCAAGGUGGAGCUGAAGGGGCCCGAGAACACGCUGCGGGUGCGCCAGGUCAAGGUGUUGGGAUGGAAGGAGGGCGAGAGCAUCAAGAUUGCGGGGCAGAUCUCGGCCAGCGUGGCCCAACAGAAGAACUGUGAGGCCGAGACACUCCGCGUGUUCCGCCUCAUUACCUCACAGGUGUUUGGGAAGCUGAUCUGCGGAGAUGCUGAGCCCACCCCUGAACAGGAGGAGAAGAACCUGCUGUCAUCACCAGAAGGAGAGGAUAAGGCGCCUUCAGAUGCAGACCUGAAGGAACACAUGGUGGGCAUAAUUUUCAGCCGGAGCAAGCUGACCAACCUGCAGAAACAAGUGUGUGCCCACAUAGUCCAGGCCAUUCGCAUGGAGGCGACCCGUGUGCGUGAGGAAUGGGAGCAUGCCAUCUCCAGCAAGGAAAACGCCAACUCGCAGCCCAGCGAUGACGACGCCUCCUCAGACGCCUACUGCUUCGAGUUGCUCUCCAUGGUGCUGGCACUGAGCGGCUCCAACGUGGGCCGCCAAUACCUGGCCCAGCAGCUAACACUGAUGCAGGACCUGUUCUCGCUGCUGCACACAGCCUCGCCGCGUGUCCAGAGACAGGUGACCUCUCUCCUCCGUCGUGUCCUCCCCGAGGUGACGCCUGUGCGCCUGGCCAGCAUCAUCGGCGUCAAGGCCCUGCCGCCUGCUGAUAUCAGUGAUAUCAUCCACUCGACUGAGAAGGGUGACUGGAACAAGCUGGGCAUCCUGGACAUGUUCCUGGGCUGCAUCGCCAAGGCACUCACCGUGCAGCUCAAGGCCAAGGGGACCACCAUUUCCGGCACGGCGGGCAUGGCGGCAGGCAAAGGCGUUACCACGGUCACACUGCCCAUGAUCUUCAACUCCAGCUACAUUCGCCGGGGGGAGAGCCACUGGUGGAUGAAGGGAUCCACUCCCCCUCAGAUUGCUGAGAUCAUCAUCAAGCUGGUUAAAGACAUGGCUGCCGGACACCUGUCGGACGCCUGGUCUCGGGUGACGAAGAACGCCAUUGCUGAGACCAUCAUCGCCCUAACCAAGAUGGAGGAGGAGCAUCGCUCGCCAGUCCGCUGCAUCGCCACUACCCGGUUGUGGCUGGCCCUGGCCUCUCUGUGUGUGUUGGACCAGGAUCAUGUGGACAGGCUGUCCUCGGGCCGCUGGAUGGGCAAAGAUGGACAACAGAAACAGAUGCCUAUGUGCGAUAACCAUGACGACAGCGAGACUGCAGCCAUCAUCCUGUGUAACAUGUGUGGUAACCUGUGUACCGACUGUGACCGCUUCCUCCACCUGCACCGACGCACACGCUCCCAUCAGAGACAGGUGUUUAAGGAGGAAGAGGAGGCAAUCAAAGUGGACCUCCACGAGGGCUGUGGGAGGACAAAGCUCUUCUGGCUCAUGGCUCUGGCCGACUCUAAGACCAUGAAGGCCAUGGUGGAGUUUAGGGAGCACACAGGGAAACCAGCCUCCAGCAGCUCAGACGCCUGUAGGUUCUGUGGCACCAGGAACGGCACCGAGCUCUCAGCCGUGGGCAGUGUCUGCUCUGACCCAGACUGCCAGGAGUAUGCCAAGCUGGCGUGCAGUAAGACGCACGCGUGCGGCCACCCCUGUGGCGGGGUGAAGAACGAAGAGAGCUGCCUGCCCUGUCUGCACGGCUGCGACAAAAGCACAGGCUGCCUGAAACAGGACGCUGACGACAUGUGUAUGAUCUGCUUCACAGAGGCGCUCUCUGCCGCUCCCGCUGUCCAGCUGGACUGCAGUCACGUGUUCCAUCUCCAGUGUACCCGUCGUGUUCUGGACAACCGCUGGCUCGGACCCAGGAUCACUUUUGGCUUCAUGUCCUGCCCAAUCUGCAAGAACAAGAUCAACCACUCGGUCAUCAAGGACCUGCUGGACCCUAUCAAGGAGCUGUUUGAGGACGUACGGAGGAAAGCUCUGAUGAGAAUGGAGUACGAGGGUCUGCACAAGAGCGAGGCCAUCACCACGCCCGGUGCCCGCUUCCACAAUGAUCCGGCCGGCUUCGCAAUGAACCGAUACGCCUACUACGUCUGCUACAAGUGCAAGAAGGCGUACUUUGGUGGAGAGGCGCGCUGUGACGCGGAGGCAGGACAGGGAGAUGACUACGACCCCAGCGAGCUGAUAUGUGGAGCAUGCUCAGAUGUGUCCAGGGCACAGAUGUGUUCCAAGCACGGGACAGACUUUCUGGAGUACAAAUGCCGUUACUGCUGCUCGGUGGCUGUUUUCUUCUGCUUCGGCACCACUCACUUCUGUAACGCCUGCCAUGAUGACUUCCAGAAGAUGACCAGUGUGCCCAAGGAGGAGCUGCCUCACUGUCCUGCAGGUCCCAAAGGCAAGCAGUUGGAGGGGACGGAGUGCCCCUUACACGUGGUUCACCCUCCCACCGGCGAGGAGUUUGCCCUGGGCUGUGGAGUUUGCAGGAACGCCCAUACCUUCUAAAAUCACCCAGUUCUGAAACCCAGAGACCUGUACCGAACACUCGUUCUUCUUCUGUGACUGCAGGCUGUUGGCUGCAGCCGGGGCCCAGCCUGUCAAGUAUUUCCUCGUGUUGGCUCUCGUUGUCAGGUGGCCAUGGACACUGUUUCAGGUAUUUCUAACGUACCCAAGAGUCCCAAGUUGUGCUCUUCGACAUACCAAUCAAAGUCUUCAAGGCUUUACUACAAAAAGAGCUCUCUGUGGAUUCCAGAGGAAACUCCCAUGUAAAAAAAAAUAUUAUUAGUAUUAUUAUUUUUUUUAACUUGUGACAUGUUUGCAUGCGGCCGUUGUAACCCCUCGGCUUCCAUAGACGUUGCACACCUCCCCGAUCACUGAAGUGUAAAAAAGUAUUUAAAAAUUGUAUAUGAAAUACAUUUUGCUUAGGCAACUGUGGAUGGACUUGGAUAUAUAAAAGGAAAAAAAUGUGACAGGCCUUAUUUCCAGCUUCCUAACUAUGAAUUCUAAAUAUUGUUGUAUGUAAACAGACUUUUUUUCCCGUAAUCCUGUACAGUAUUCUCUCCACUGUCGAGUGCAUCAGGGGACAACAACAAUAAAAGAGGAGAAUUCUGAUGAGUGGGUGAAAAAGUGUACGAUUUAUCUAAUCUUGUAUAUAAUGAUAGUAUCCAAAAUAGCUGUAUUCCGAAGUUGCUACUCUACACUUCAGUUUCGUUUGAUAUUCUGGGUUAUGUUUUGAGCCAGAACUUUUAAUGAAGUGCAAUACUGAGUGUGCCUCCUAUCUUGCAGCAGUUUAACCUAUGGAAUGUAUGUCAAUAAAAGCCACUGUACUUUUUUAUACAGUGAUAAACACAGUCGUGUAUUACCCAAUUCAAAAUGUCAGAUCACUUAUGUUCUCUGAAAAUGCAGCGGAUCCCAGCAUCUUCAGUGUAUGAAGGUUGAUUGAUGUGAACCCUUUUUUUAGUUCCUCAAUUAGACAAAUAACGUGGUGGUACAAACUUUUUUUCUGUCAUUUGUUUUAAACAACUGAGAAGGUGAUUACGGUAUAGGCUACCAUUGUAUUGUAAAGGAGUGCUAACUGAACGUGUUGGGGGCCAGUCUUCUUCACCAAAUAUAAAAAAUAAUUGUGAUUCUGUAAUGCUUCUCCAUCAUUAGGAGGCAGGCGGGACAUAUGGGUAUGGGGGUUUGAGAGAAAAAACAAACAGCUGCUGUUAUAAAAGCUUAAUACUUGUGAUUCUGUAUCUGUGAUGGAUGGAGUUGAAUGGUAAUAAACCAGGUUCUCUGUUUCGCAAGGUA